CAACCGACAAAUAAUGUUUGAAUUUCAGACAUUCCGUCAAACAACAACCAACAUCAUGCUAAUGUUAGCAUUUAUAAAAGUAAACAAAAGAGUUAUUAAUUCUUUUAAAAGAGUCUCGUCAUUUACAGUAAGAAGAAGAUAUUCAACUAGAAUAAUGGAUUUAAAAGAAUUUAUUCUUGAGAAUGACACGCCUAUUGUCAAUUUAGACUGUUCACAAGCUUUUCAGAAAUUGACUGAUAAGGAAAGGAAGUAUUUGCACAAUUAUAACAAAGCUAGUUGGUACGGUUCUUUAAUAUCUUUCAUACAAUCAUCGCCGGAAUCACCUUUGAUUUUCUCAUUACUUCAUGGAAUAUUUACUUCUGAAACUGUUGAAUCAUUAAGAACAUCCAGUAAGGAUAAAAUCACCGAAAAUGAAUUUGCUGCAUUUUUGGUCUAUUGUUGCGGUUUCUUCUCAAACGCCGGAAAUUAUAAAGGUUUUGGUGAUAACAAGUUUAUACCAGGAAUUGAUGAAUCAAAAAUGGAAGUGAUAAUUAAGAGCUCAAAGUUCUAUACUCAAAAUCCAUUAAAGGCUGAAAGUCUAUGGAAUGAAGCCAAAACAUCCAUUUUUCUAUUAAAUGACAGCAAUAAGUCUUUUGGAUUAAAAGGUCAAGGAAUUACAACAUACUUUUCAGGAAAUUGUACCAAAGAAGAUGCAAGUAUAGUAACUGAAUGGAUGAAAAUGAAGAAGUACGAAGCCUACAUAAGCCGUACUUUUAAGACUGUUGAUGAAAGUGGAAAGAGUCACUUCGAAAUUCGUUUAGCGUCAUCAGAAAUUGGCGAUAAAGAAGGCAUUACAUUAGCAGAAGAUGAUUUUAACGGAGCUGCAUUUAAAAUCACUCGAGGAGAUUAUUCCGAAAUACUUCCAUUUGUCAUUAACUACUUAAAUGAUGCAUGCAACUUUGCUGCUAAUGAUGGCCAAAAGAAAAUGCUUGAAAAUAUCUCAAAAUCAUUUAAAGAAGGCGACUUAAGUGCUCAUAAAGAAGGUUCCAAAUUUUGGGUAUUAGAUAGAGUGCCAGCUGUUGAAGCAUAUAUUGGAUGGAUGUUUACUUAUAAAGAUCCAGCAGGCGAACGUGGUGAAUUUUUCGGAUGGACUUCAAUGAUUAAUCGUGUAUUAUCUGAGAGAUUUCAAAAUUUGGUCCAAGAAGCUGAAAAUUUCUUGAAUGGACUUCCAUGGCCUGCAACAUUUGAGAAGGAUAAGUUCUCUAAGCCUGAUUUUUCAUAUGUUGAUGUCCUUGCAUUCAGUGGUUCUUCAGUUCCUGUCGGUCUUUCAAUUCCAAUAACCUAUGAAGAACUCCGUCAUAAAGAAGGAUUUAAGAAUAUAACAUUAGGAAAUGUCUUGAAAUCAAGAUUUGGAAUCGAUGAUUAUCCGUUUUUAAGUCAAGAAGACAGUGAUUUAAUGAUAAAAUAUAAAGAACCAGCAUUUGAAGUACAAUUAGGUCUUCACGAGUUACUUGGUCAUGGUUCAGGAAAAUUAUUUUCCAUAGAUGAAAAUGGAAAACUUAAUUUUGACAAGGAAAGUGUGAUCAAUCCACUAACAAAUGGUCCAAUAACUUCUUGGUAUGAACCAGGAGAAACAUUUGACUCAAAAUUCAAAGCAAUGGGAUCAAGUUAUGAAGAAUGUCGUGCAGAAGCUGUUGCUCUACAUUUAAUGUUCAAUCGUGAUGUCAUGAAGAUUUUUGGACAUACUGAUGAGACAGAAAUAGACAAUCUGAUUUAUGUUGGAUGGUUAUUAAUGGCAUAUGCUGGUGCAGGCAGAGCUGUUGAAAUGUGGAAUCCUGCCACAAAAAUUUGGGGACAAGCACAUUCAAGAGCUCGCUAUGCAAUAACAAAAAUCAUGAUUGAAUGUGGAUUAUUAGAAGUUACAGAAAGUGAACCUGGAAAAAAAUUAUCAAUUAAAUUGCAUCGUGAUAAAAUCGAAACUGUUGGUCGUCAAGCCAUAUCUGAUUUCUUAUUAAAACUUCAAGUUUACAAAUCAACUGCUGAUUACGAAGCUGCCAACAAUAUGUAUGAAAAAUAUUCAAGUGUAGAUGAAGAUGGUCCACAUCCAUUUGCUAAAUGGCGUGAUAUUGUACUGCUUAAUAGAAAGCCACGCUUAAUUUUAACUCAAUCGAAUACAGAAAUUGAUGCUGAUGGAAAAGUCCAAUUGAAGACGUAUGAUGCAAAUUUAGAUGGCUUCCUUCAAUCGUGGAGAGAACGUUUUGAUAAUGCUGAAGAAUUGCAAGAAAUUAUGUUGAAUUUAUACAAUAAAGAUAAGCACUAUUUUAUUUAA